CCAAUUUGCGCCAGUGAACUCGCUCCCUGUGACAGGUACCAAAUGAACGCUUUCCAAGAUCGAGUUUGUGCCAUAUGGAUCUGUCUGUCAACCUGUUUCUGCACCACUAUUAAAGUUUCUCAUCAAUAACAACACUCUUUUCAGGCCCACUCCUGCUUUCACUCCGCAGCUCAUACAAGAUAUUCCUCUGAAAUCCAGCACAGCGAGAGAAAGACACCAUGAACUCAGACGAAAUCAUGGCUGAGCCUGCCGGCGCGAUGAACCCCUCUUCGGAAUCACAACAACAGUCAAAGGGAGCGGCCUGGAACACGAACAAGUUUCGCGAGGAAUACGAGACGUAUAAGAACCGUCUUCUGGAUCAGAAGUUCAGUGUUGCCGACUACCCAGACCCGCUUGCACCAUGGCCACCCCAUCCCAAGCAGUAUCCCAAGGGGACGGACCCUGAAUUGGAGAGAAACUUGCAGCAGUUGAUUGCUCGGGUCAAGGCUGGUGGUGGCGCAGGGUCCGCAGCUUAAGACGACUCUACGUCGGUUGAAUGAUUGGACGGGACGACAUGCAAAGCAUCGCAUCUUUGGGAAGUGUCGUUAAAUACCGGCACUCGUAGCUCCGUGAAGGCAUCGAGAUACAUGAACUUCGUAUUAAAAGUGGGAGACGGAACCGGACUGAGACCGGCGCAGGGCACGAGGAGAGGCACCAACACUGGGGUGCUCCCUUACAACUGCUCCUUC